CUCAUCUCCUCCGUCGACCCCAAGUUUCUGAACCUCACCAAAGUUGACGACCAGAUCUACAGCGAGUUCAGGAAAACCUUCCGGGAUCUGAAAAUCGACGUGCUCGACCCAGAAGAACUGAAAUCGGAGCCUGCCAAGGAGAAGUGGCGCCCGUUCUGCCUGCGGUUCGAGGGGGUGGUGGAGGACUUCAACUACGGCACGCUGCUCCGCCUGGAUUGCCGCCAGGACUACACCGAGGAGAACACCAUCUUCGCCACCAGAAUCCAGUUUUUCGCCAUCGAAAUCGCUCGGAACAGAGAGGGCUGUAACAGCGUCGUCUACAGCAGUGCCAGGCAGCCGGCGGGGGAAGCAGCGACGGG